CGCCGCCUCGCCUCCGUGCGGGCGCGGCCACGUGGACGGCGGCGGGUCCGGGUCCGGGUCUGGGUCUGGGUCUGGUGGGGCCGCACGGCACGGGCCAUGAGCGUGGGGUUCAUCGGCGCGGGGCAGCUUGCCUUCGCCCUGGCCCGCGGCUUCACGGCGGCAGGGGUCCUGGCUGCGCACAAGAUCACGGCGAGCUCCCCGGACACUGACCUGCCGACCGUGAGCGGGCUGCGGAAAAUGGGAGUGAACUUCACGGUGAGCAACAAGGACACGGUGAAGAGCAGCGAUGUCCUCUUCCUGGCCGUGAAGCCACCCAUCAUCCCCUUCAUCCUGGAGGAGGUGGGCCCCGACAUCGAGGCCCGGCACAUCGUGGUCUCCUGCGCGGCCGGCGUCACCAUCAGCUCUAUCGAGAAGAAACUCUCUACCUUCUGCCCCACACCAAAAGUGAUCAGGUGCAUGACCAACACCCCUGUGAUUGUCCGGGAAGGUGCUACGGUCUAUGCCACUGGAACUCAUGCGGAUGUGGAAGAUGGGAAGCUCUUGGAACAACUGAUGGCCAGUGUGGGCUUCUGCACUGAGGUGGAAGAGGAUCUCAUUGAUGCUGUAACGGGACUCAGUGGCAGUGGCCCUGCGUAUGCAUUCACUGCCCUGGAUGCUCUUGCGGAUGGAGGAGUAAAGAUGGGCCUUCCCCGGAGGCUGGCAGUUCGACUUGGAGCACAGGCUUUGCUGGGUGCUGCCAAAAUGCUGUUAGAAUCUGAGCAGCAUCCCGGUCAGCUGAAGGACAAUGUCUGCUCGCCCGGGGGAGCCACUAUCCAUGCCCUGCACUUCCUGGAGAGUGGUGGCUUUCGCUCACUCCUCAUCAAUGCUGUGGAGGCUUCCUGUAUCCGGACAAGGGAGCUGCAGCAUUUGGCAGACCAAGAGAAGAUUUCCCCGGCAGCCAUAAAGAAAACUUUGCUGGACAAGGUGAAGCUGGAGUCUCCCUCUCUGUCUGUGGCAUCUGCUAGCAAAGUUAGUCUGUUCACCCACAAGAGCAAGAAGAACUGACCGGACUACUGUAUUCUGGCAGUGCUGAAUAUCAGUGUCCUGGUUGCGGCCAGGACAGGGUUAAUUUUUGCAGUAGCCAGGAAUGGCACAGCCAGGACCCUGGUUAUUCUAUACAUCAUGUACAUGGGCAAAGGCUAGGGGGAGAAGUUGAGAGGGGAGGGUUUGUGGCAGGGGAGAGGGGCUGAAGAGGGAUGGGGAGAAGGAGUCCUUUCUGGUUGGUUGCAUGAAAUGAGCAGUGGGGGUAACAUUAUGUUACGCGUGGUGAGCAAUCAUGUAUGAAUCAUUCACGUCUCUUCUACACUCUUUUUAAUAUUGUUGCUGUUAUUAUUCAUUUUCUUAUCUCAUUACUGUUUCCAGUAAAUUGUUCGUAUCGCAAA